AUGACAAUUGCGAAUGUAUUCAAGAACUGGCAUAAACACGAUGAAAAUGUAAGUCAUAAUUUGCUUGGAGUUGAGUUGCUGCUGCGAUUCCCCUUUUGCAAUACAGCACAUGCGCAGUGUGUCCCUUUCACCUUAUUAAUUUUUAAUGGCAAUGGCUGCGUUUUUCAUCUAAACCUCUCCCGCAAAACAACAAACCUAUAAAUACGACAUUUCCUUGCACCUCUGACAAAAGGCGUUAUCGAUUUAGUAAUAGUAAUCGAUCGCUUGUGAUCUACGAAAAAUGGAUCGGCUGUAGAAUUUGAAGAUAGAAGAUCUGUCAUUUUUAACCCUUUCCAUUCCAUGAUCCACAAACAAUCGAGUUUUUUGCAUUUUCUCUUGUAUCCCAUUGUUUUCUCCAGCAGAAGAUGAUGCGCCAGGUGACCAACAGUAAUGACUAUUGCAUGAGUGGCAGGCCGUCGUGCCUGGCAGAGGAUGGCCGACACCCCACCAGUCACUUUGACCUGUGCACUGCCCAGUCCAACAAGUUCUACCAACCUCCCCCGCCCCCUCCCUUGCAAAUGACCUCGCCCCCUCUGUCCCUGCCACCCCAGAACACCCUGAAACCCAUGCCCUGUCAGAGGCAGAAUGGUCUCGGUGAACCUCACCCCCAAGCUGUGGGAGUCACGAACAACGAAAAGCCAGAGGACUCCAAGAAGAAGAAAAACCCGGGCAGGUCUGGGAGAAGGGGAAGGCCUUCGGGGACCACAAAAUCGGCAGGUUACAGGACCAGCACAGGGAGGCCUCUGGGAACCACCAAGGCUGCCGGGUUCAAGACCAGCCCAGGGAGGCCCCUGGGAACCACCAAGGCAGCGGGCUAUAAGGUCAGCCCUGGAAGGCCCCCUGGCAGUAUCAAGACCCUGUCUCGCCUCAACAAACUAGGCUAUGGUACGUGUAGCGCUGCAGCGUUCCCCUACACUAUGAUGAACAAAGGCGGCCUCUGCGAACCCUUGCGUAAAGAAAAGGAGACUAGCGAGUAAAGUCCUGCUUUUCUACGUUGUUGGAGGAUUAAAAAGGGUGCAUGUCCUAAAGUGCUGUCAAAUAGAGGGGGGGGCCCGUUUUGUACCGUUUCCCUGGUUGAGUGUACAUUUGUACAUUUUUUUGUCAUUUAGCAGACGCUCUUAUCCAGAGCGACUUACAGUUAGUGAGUGCAUACAUU